UAGAAAAUGAAUUUUAACAUUUUACGGUCUAUUUUCUUGUUUUGUGGCUUGACUUUGGCCCACAGUGUUAUUAAUACCACUGAAAUGAAUCCAUACCAUCCUGACAUGUGUAACCUCCUGAAAGAUUUUGGGGCCAUGACAGAAAAAGUGAAAUCUAUGGAAACAAGACUGAAGGAAACUGAAAUCCGCCUAAAGGAGACAGUAACCAGGCUGAAAGACAGCGAAAACCAAAUUUUGGAGCUGCAAAGCAAAGGUGUCUUUACAGCACCUGUUGCAGGUGUUUAUUACUUUAGCAUCUUCUAUCACGGUGGAAGAAGCUAUUCACAUUAUCUGCGUAUUUUCAAGAAUAAUGAGAUGACGGUCAUAACAGCUGAUCAUAAGACAGAAGGAGAUGGAGCUGAUAACGGAGGAAACGCUGUGUUCCUGCAGCUGCAGCAAGGAGACCAAGUGUAUGUGAGCAUGGCUGCAAACACAUAUGUUUGGGGAGCCGACCACACAACUUUUAGUGGUUUUUUGGUCACGCAAAUGUAAGAAAAAGUAAAUGUAUGUCUGUUUAGGAUGACAGGCCAGAGCUCCUUUUAAUACGAUGCUUGACACAAAUCAAACCAAUUUCUGUAACAUUCAGAUGUGCUUAAAAUGAAAUCAUUUGUUUUGUUUUUGGCAAGUUGUAGCAUUUAAUUUUAUUAUCACUCUUGAAUUUGAAAUAAUUUUAAGAUGUAUCUUUAUGUUAUCUUUUAUUAAUUUGAGUUUCAUUACAUUGCCUGUUAUUAACUGCAUUUUAAUAGCUUUUUAAAAUGCAUCUUUAGUAAGACGCUUUGAAUGAGUUCUGUAUUAAAGUUUAUUGCUUUAUAAACAACGUUGUUUUGCUUUUUUUCCUGC